AUGUCAAAUGAAUACUGUAAUUAUAAAAAAAGUUAUUUAUUUGUAAUUUUAUAUUUUAUAAUUGUUUUUCUUUUUCUUCAGCUUAGAGGAUUAUAUAGUGUGUGGGGAGUUAAUUAUGAUGCAGUAAUUGAAUGCAUGCCACCAAUCAUAUCAAUUUUUCAAAGUGCGUCGAUGUACUUCAACGGAAUUUUUAAUACAAAAAAGAUUAAAAAUAUAUUAUUAUUCAUUAAAAAUGACCAUAAAUAUUAUAUAAAUCAUCCAGAAAAUAUAAUUCUUCAAAAAUAUGAUAUGCAAGGAAAAAAAAUUACAUUUUAUUAUAUUUUAUACGUUUACACAACAUUGUUAGUUUACUUAUUAUUACCAACAAUACCACUGAUAAUUGAUUUCAUUACAUCCUCCAAUCAUUCUCAAAAAAGAAACUUUCUAUUUGAACUUGAUUAUGGUAUGGACAAACAACAAUAUUUUUAUUAUAUAUCUAUACAUUCAUACAUUGGAACAGCUAUGGUCGCGAAUUUAAUUGCUUCUUGUGAUACUAUGUAUAUGCUAUAUGCUCAACAUGCCUAUGCUUUAUUUGCAAUUGUAAGUUAUGAAUUGAAAACUAUACAUAUUUUGAAUACAAAUAAUUUGAUAAAUAUCACAAAUCAUCGUUUACCCGAAAAAUAUAAAAAUAUUAAAUUAUUACCAAGAAAUGAGAAGAAAGUUUACAGAAAAUUGUUCAUUUGCAUAAAAAAUCAUCAAAAUGCAAUAAAAUAUUCAAAUCUUCUUGAAUCACUAUUUACUAAAUCCAUACUUGUUCAGUUAUUCUUUAAUGUUCUUUGUCUUAGCAUUACAGGAGUUGAAACUGUAAUAAAAUUAGGUAAUUUAAGCGAAAUGAUGAGAUUUGGAUCGUUUACGUUUGCACAAGCUGUUCACAUAUUUUUUCUUUGUCUCCCUGGGCAAAGAUUAUUGAAUCAUAGCGAAGAAGUGCAUAUCUCAGUGUGCAAAGUAACCUGGUAUAUUUUUUCUAAAGAAUAUCAAAAUUUAUACAAAUUUUUACUUGCAAGAUCUUUGAUAUUUAGUAAAUUGACAGCUUUUAAAAUGACAACCUUGUCUAUGCAAACAUUUUUAGCAAUUAUUCAAACUGCAAUGAGUUAUUUUACUGUGUUGUUAUCAACUACAUGAAUUUGAAUGAAUCAUUAAUAUGUAUCUUAGUUAUAUAUUCAAUAGAAACUAUUAAUACAAUUUUGUUCUUUAAACUUUUAUUUACAUUACAUACUGUUAUGUAUGAUAUUCACUGUUUGUAACAUUUUGUUGAAAAAAAAUAUACUUAAAUGUGUAUAAAUAUAUUUACAUCAACGCGUACUAAAUCGUAAUACAAAAUUUUUAACGUAAUGUUAUGUCAUACCUCAAAAUACAUUCCAAUAUAAAUUUUUUUUUUUUUUUUUUUAAUUGUAAUUUGCAAGUUAUGAAAAGUCAUGAAAAUCUAUACAACAAUGAUCAUGUAAAUUAUUAAAAACUAAAAAAUCAGAUUCAAAAAUUUAAUUAAUUAAAGUAAAUUU